AAUAGCAGGCGGAGAGGAUUUUUUUCUUCCGAAGCGGAGCUUGGCUAGUGGCUGUUUGAAUCAAAGGGAAGCAGAGGGAAGGAAGGCUCUGUGGGGAGAUGUAAGAUGGCAGAGCUACAAAUGUUGUUAGAGGAAGAGAUUCCAGCCGGUAAAAGAGCGCUUGUGGAGAGUUACCAAAACCUUACCAGAGUAGCAGACUACUGCGAGAACAAUUAUGUCCAGGCCCAGGACAAGAGGAAAGCUCUGGAAGAGACCAAAGCCUACACCACCCAGUCCCUGGCCAGCGUGGCCUACCAGAUCAAUGCCUUAGCCAACAAUGUGCUGCAGCUGCUGGACAUCCAGGCCUCGCAGCUGCGGCGCAUGGAGUCCUCCAUCAACCACAUCUCCCAGCCGGGGUCUCUGCGCAGUAUUGAGGCGGAAGGGCUGAUGGUUAAAUAG